UGUCCACUACAGUAUUGACAUAUACCUCCGUGUUUUAUUUGUUUUCCUGGAGGCUUUUUUGACAGCCAUCAACUCAUACGACAACUCUUCUGGUCGAUCUGCUGUGUUUUUCCAGUCCUCCGUCAACACAAAUAUGAGUAAAGAGACGGGCUGAGGCUCAGUUAUGGAGGACAUUAUCUGUGUCAGCUCAGGUAGCGACGAGGACUCUGAUUUGGAGGUUAUAAGUAGUUAUAAAGAAGACAAAGAAGAUGCAAUUCCCUUCAUCCGGGCAGAAUGGCUUCCAGUCACACCUGUCCUCAUCGAUAUCACAGACCACAAUUUUACCCCUCCAAGGCGAAGAAGCUCCAGAAGAAAACCUUGCUCCACAAUAAACAUCAUAGAUCUAAGCGAAGAAGAUCCUCCAGAGGACAUCGAUGUGGUGCAAACAGACAAAACAGCGCCAUCUUUUGGAAAACCUCUCCAAUCUCAAAAAGAUGAUGUAAGGUGUUUGGUGCCCUCAAUCGGUGAGGACAACACAGAUGUGCUCAGAAGUGCUCAAGACACAAAUUAUAAUUCAAUCCCCCCAUCCGAGCGUUUAAGCUGGGACAAAACAUUAGAUCAUUUCAGCUCCGAUAGCAUCAGAGAUCCUUGCAAAAGUGAGUCUGAAGUAUUUAAGAACUCUACAGCAGAUGCAUUGCAGGACACUAAAGAUGGAGAACACGACUGGGAAAAAGACGAUGAUCGUUCUCCUUAUAGUCUAGAUAGUCAGAAUUAUUGUCCGAGUGAAGUAGAGGAUUAUCUCUUCUCCGAUUCAUCCAAUAAGUCUGAAUAUAAUCAGCAUCACUUUAAAACACACAACAGUCAGGAGUCACCACAAAAAACUGAGCUUUCCUUGGAGAACGUGUCAAUUUGCAAUGCACUUUUAAUAAAGGAGGACAAAGAGGCGAUGAAUGUUGCUGAAAAUUGUCAGGUUCAUCCCAAAUGUUCUUUAAAUACCUCAUUCUUUCCCUGCUGGAGCCCUGAGCAAACGUCCAGACAGAGUAAACCCAACAGUCCCACAUCCACAGAGAUUUUAGCCAGCGAUACAGCAGUGCUUUCGCCAGAUUUUUCCACACCGAGUUCACCCAACAGCUCUUUUAGUCUCCUGAACUCACAGCCUGGAUCUCCAGAAAACUCUCCUGUCCGGGUUUGGGAGAUGAUGAGUGACUGUGAAGAUAAUGCGGCGUUGGAUUAUGAUGGAAAAAGUGUACAAGAGACACAACGCAUCUGUCUGACUCAGUACAGAAAAUUGAGUCGGUGCUUUGGUGGGACGGUGCUGCAGACGCAUGAGGAUGACGAUGAAGAUGAACACUAUGGUCCCGCUGAGCCCCUGUGUCGUCAGAGUCUUAGUCUGGUCUACAGCACUAUAGAGGAGAAUUACCCAGAAGGCACUCUUCAGCUGCUCUCCGACUUCAUCCAGCCGCGUUAUUACCCACCACUGGACGUCACCACACAUCUUCUCAGAGGCAUUUUCCUGGAUCCGCAGAGCAAUGAUGUGCUCACCGUAGAGGCCUUUAACUUACUGAUGAAGACUCAGAGAUACCACCCUGUGGAUGCUUCUACAGUGCCAUGGGAUUGGGAACUGAUUAAAUCCGUUAUGAAAGAUCAGGAUGACAUGUGGAGGUUGCGGAAGGAGGUUCAGGUCAUGCUUCUGCAGUACGUGCUGCAGGGUUUAGAAGAUGACUUUCAUCUGAAGCUCAGCACUCAGUGUCUUCAACACUCUCUAGCCAAGAAGGUGAUUUCAUGUGGCCCUGAAACAUUUGGGCAAGUCAGAGAUGUAAUAUCGUGGAUGAUGAAUGCUGCUAAGGAGUCAGUGAAACACUCUAAGGAACAUCCAAAGAAGGAAGAUCACAAUCUUAAAAUGGUAUUAUCUCUUCAGAGAAUGCUAUCAUUGGCUCUGGAAGUGGACAAGGACCCCACCUACAAUUCCGACAAACUGUCAGAAGCGCUUAUUCGUAGUUUGAACAGAUUGUGUUCAUGCAGAGAGAUGAGACUCUUACUGUUGAAUACUCUGGAGAGCAAGCUGCUGAAAUGCAAGCUGUUGAAUCUGCUGCUGGACGAGGCUUGUUCACAGAAGACAGCUUUGCCCAUGUCUCUAAGCCUGAUUCUCCACUACCUCGAAAGCUCCACGCUGGCCUCAGAUCCCUCCGACGGAGCAGAGAAGUGGAGAAAAUGGGAUGAACUUCUCCAGCUUUUGUGGAUGCUGCUGCUCAGCUAUGAUGAAGUGGUGACAGGUCACCUGCGCCGCUCCAUCACGAGGCGCUCUGAGAGGAUUCAGGCUCCGUCUUGGACUGUUGAUGAUCAGGUGAUGCAUUCAGCAGUAAAAGCAGCAGCAGACGCCUUUAUAUCGCGUGCAGAAAACGACACCGGCCAUUCUCUGCCCACAGAAAUACAGGAUUUACUCUCUCAGCUACAAGAACACAUAGCGGACACGUCCAGUGUUAUUUCACAUCAUUAAAUCUUUUAGAUUAGAUUUUUUAUAAUAAAUUAUUUUUUUAUACAAUCUGUUUGUUUGUUCACUACACAAAUUAAUAAAGAGCAAAUAAUAAUAAAGAAAUAUUAUUACGUUCUCCUUUUAGAAAUGCAUGAUAACUAACAUGCGCAGUGUUGCUUUUUAUAACUUUAAAAAGGUAUUUUUCUUUAUUAUUAUUAUUAUUAUUAUUAUUAUUAUUAUUAUUAUUAUUACAGUUUGUGUUUGUUCACUACACUCGUUAGCAUCACUGAGUAAUUGCAAUUAAAUUACUCUGUAUUGUAAUUAAAAUGUACAUUUUUGUAUCUGUUCUGUUUUAACUUAAAAUGUAAAUCUUUAGUAUUAUUUGUCAUGCCUGUAUUGUUUUAGUUUGAGUUAUU